CUGGCAUUCCGUGAUGUAAAUUAUUCCACGCAUGGUUCGAAAUGGGUGUGAAGCAGUGUUGCCAGGUGUCGGAUCACUAGUUUGUCAUGGAUGAUGAUGAUGACUCGUGUCUCCUUGAUCUUAUUGGAGACCCACAAGCAUUGAACUAUUUUCUCCAUGGACCUAGUAAUAAAUCUAGCAACGAUGACUUGACUAAUACAGGAUAUUCUGCAGCCAACUCAAAUUCAAUUUUCGCCAACUCUAGUAAUGCUGAUCCUAAGUCAUCCCUGAAAGGUAUAAGCAACCAGCUUGGAGAAGGACCCAGUGAUGGACUGCCACUUUCAAGUAGCCUUCAGUUUCUUGAAGAUGAACUUGAGUCUUCUCCUCUUCCUGAUCUCAGUGAGGACCAACCUUUUGACAUUCUUCAGAAAUCCUUGCAGGAAGCCAAUAUCACUGAACAGACAUUGGCAGAAGAGGCAUAUUUGGAUGCCAGUAUAGGUUCCAGCCAACAGUUUGCACAAGCUCAGCUUCAUCCUUCUUCAUCAGCAUCCUUUACUCAGGCUUCUAAUGUUUCUAAUUACUCAGGUCAGACGCUGCAGCAUAUCGGGGUGACUCACGUGCCUGUUGGAGCAUCAUUUGCAAGCAAUACAGUAGGUGUGCAACAUGGCUUUAUGCAACACGUGGGGAUCAGUGUUCCCAGCCAACAUUUGUCUAAUAGCAGUCAGAUUAGUGGGUCUGGUCAAAUACAGUUAAUUGGAUCAUUUGGUAAUCAGCCUUCCAUGAUGACUAUUAAUAACCUAGAUGGAUCUCAAAUCAUAUUAAAGGGCAGUGGGCAGCAAGCCCCAUCAAAUGUAAGUGGAGGGCUGCUGGUCCACAGACAGACUCCUAAUGGUAACUCCUUGUUUGGGAACUCCAAUUCCAGUCCAGUAGCACAGCCUGUUACCGUUCCAUUUAACAGCACAAAUUUUCAAACGUCUUUACCUGUGCAUAACAUCAUCAUACAAAGGGGUCUUACACCAAAUUCAAAUAAAGUCCCAAUUAAUAUCCAGCCAAAGCCUAUCCAGAUGGGUCAGCAGAAUACAUACAAUGUGAACAAUUUGGGAAUACAGCAGCACCAUGUACAACAAGGGAUCUCUUUUGCCUCUGCAAGCUCCCCCCAGGGCUCAGUGGUUGGUCCACACAUGUCUGUGAACAUUGUAAAUCAGCAGAACACAAGGAAACCAGUCACCUCACCGGCGGUGAGCAGCACUGGAGGUAGUAUUGUUAUUCAUUCUCCCAUGGGCCAGCCUCAUGCACCCCAAAGUCAGUUCCUCAUACCUACAAGCCUUUCUGUCAGUUCCAACUCGGUACACCAUGUCCAGACCAUAAAUGGGCAACUUCUUCAGACUCAACCCUCUCAGCUCAUUUCUGGCCAAGUGACCUCAGAGCAUGUCAUGUUGAACAGAAACUCUUCCAACAUGCUCAGGACCAACCAACCAUAUUCUGGACAAAUGCUUAACAACCAGAAUACCGCUGUCCAGUUGGUGUCUGGGCAGACGUUUGCCACCUCUGGAAGUCCAGUGAUAGUCAAUCAUGCUUCUCCUCAGAUUGUUGGUGGGCAGAUGCCCUUGCAGCAGGCAUCCCCAACCGUAUUACACCUGUCGCCUGGGCAGAGCAGUGUCUCCCAAGGAAGACCUGGCUUCACCACCAUGCCGUCAGUGACAAGUAUGGCAGGACCUAGCCGUUUCCCUGUUGUCAGCUCAACCAGCACUGCCCAUCCUAGUCUUGGCUCUGCGGUUCAGUCUGGUGCUUCAGGAUCAAACUUUACUGGAGAUCAGUUGAGCCAGCCAAACAGGACUCCGGUACCGGUCAGUGUAUCUCAUCGUCUUCCAGUUUCUUCUUCCAAAUCUACCAGCACCUUCAGUAACGCACCUGGAGUGGGAGCCCAGCAACAGUUCUUCUGUCAGGCUCAGAAAAAAACUUUGACUCAGACUUCCCCCAUCUCAGCUUCCAAGUCUGCAGAUGGCCUGAGGCCGGCGCAGAUCCCUGGCCUCCUGAGCACCGUACUACCAGGGCAGGAUUCUGGAAGCAAAGUUAUACCGGCAUCCUUAGGAACCACACACCCACAGCAGGAAAAAGUAAUGGGAUCAUCUUCUGGCCAGCCAACUGUGCAGGUGGACAGUCAUACAGGAGGACAAAAAAGGCCUGCUGCAAAACAACUAACUAAAGGAGCUUUCAUUCUCCAGCAGUUGCAGAGGGACCAAGCCCAUGCUGUGACCCCUGAUAAGAGUCAAUUCCGAUCACUAAAUGACGCAGUGCAGAGGCUGCUCUCCUACCACGUGUGCCAGGGCUCCAUGCCCACCGAGGAGGACUUGAGGAAAGUGGACAAUGAAUUUGAAACAGUUGCCACCCAGCUCCUAAAAAGAACUCAAGCUAUGCUUAACAAAUACAGAUGUCUGCUCCUAGAAGAUGCUAUGCGGAUCGAUCCCUCUGCUGAGAUGGUAAUGAUUGACAGAAUGUUCAACCAGGAAGAAAGAGCUUCUCUGUCCCGGGACAAGCGUCUGGCACUUGUAGACCCUGAUGGUUUUCAGGCUGAUUUCUGUUGUUCCUUCAAAGUUGAUAAAGCCACUCCUGAGACACAGUUUGGCAGGAGUGACCAGUAUGGCAGCAAAACGACCAGCUCCCUGCAUCUGACAGCCAAGGCCCAGAGCAGAGACCGAGCCAAACCAGGCAUGGCAGAACCCACGAAUCAUGACCAAUUUCAUCUAGUGCCUAAUCACAUUGUGGUCUCCGCAGAAGGAAACAUUUCUAAGAAAACUGAAUGCCUCGGCAGAGCACUGAAAUUCGACAAAGGGGGCUUAGUCCAAUACCGGAGUGCAUCCGAAGAGAAAACCAGCCGGAGAGACUCCAUGAAGGCCAGUGAGUGCUCUCCCGGCCCUGACGGGCACCGGAAAACCUCGUCCAGACCAGAUCAUGGUACUGAAAGCAAGCUCUCAAGUAUUCUGGUAGAUUCUCACCUGGAGAUGACAUGUAACAAUUCCUUCCAAGACAAAACUCUGAGGAAUUCUCCAAAGAAUGAAGUUUUACACACAGACAUCAUGAAAGGGCCAGGGGAGGCCCAGCCAGACCUCCAGCUCAGUAAGAGUCUGGAAACAACGUUUAAGAACAUCUUGGAACUCAAAAAGGCUGGGAGGCAGCCCCAGAGUGACCCCACGGUUAGCGGCUCUGUUGAGUUAGAUUUUCCCAACUUUUCGCCAAUGGCUUUGCAAGAAAACUGCCUGGAAAAGUUCAUCCCGGACCACAGCGAAGGCGUUGUAGAAACUGACUCCAUUUUAGAAGCAGCUGUAAAUAGUAUUCUAGAGUGUUAAUAGCAGCAGUCUUUCCCCCCUGCCCCUGCCCCUCCCCCACAGACACCCUUCACCCCCCCCCCCCCGCCCCAAACAAGUUACAUUCUCUCCUGGCAAAAGCAAACGGAAACGGUCUCCUGUCUCCAGCUUGCUUG